UGUAUUCUGACUCAACCGUUAUCAACGCAGAUGAUCGAAUUGUAGUCAAGGGACUGAGUAUAGAAGAUAUCGACGUCGAGGUUGUUGCUUCAAGUGCACCUUACAACUCAGUGAGUUGGCUGGAGGCUAUAAACGAGGGCAGUGCUAUGAUACGUAGGAAGCAAGGUCAGGGGAGUGUAUCGGCCAUACGCGCGUGCCUGCUGUUGUAUCAGCAUAAUGUGCUGUCCUUUCUGGAGUUCAUCAUAUGUGGCAAGAAGAAAGCG